AUGGACUUGCCAAGAGUUGAGCGCCUUCCCUCCACACUGCAGCGCAGCCUCCGGGACUCGGAUGGGAAAAACGGUAAAAUCAAUGUCCUGAGAGAGGAGGUAGAUGAAGACGAGGAGGAAGACGACGAGGAGGAGGCAAGCCAGCAGUUCCUAGAGCAGCAGCCCCAGCCGGGGCUGCAGGUGGCUCGGCGGGGCGGGGGUUCGCUUCCCAGAGAGCGCAACGAGGGCGGCGGCGGCCGGAGCGAGCCCUCGGACUUUGGCACCAAGUUCAGGAUACCGCCGAGGUAUGCGGCGGCCUCUGGAGACGCCCCGCAGCCGGCAAAGCCCCCCUACUCUUACAUCGCGCUGAUCACCAUGGCCAUCCUGCAGAGCCCGCACAAGCGCCUCACGCUCAGCGGCAUCUGCGCCUUCAUCAGCGGCCGCUUUCCCUACUACCGCCGCAAGUUCCCCGCCUGGCAGAACAGCAUCCGCCACAACCUCUCGCUGAACGACUGCUUCGUCAAGAUCCCCCGCGAGCCGGGCCACCCAGGCAAGGGCAACUACUGGAGCCUGGACCCCGCCUCCCAGGACAUGUUCGACAAUGGCAGCUUUCUCCGGCGCAGGAAGCGUUUCAAGCGCCACCAACCGACCUCGAGAGCCCACCACCUACCCCACCCCUUCCCUCUACCAGCUGCUCCUGCCGCCCUGCACAACCCCCACCCGGGCCUUCUGCUUGGGGCCCCUGCCCCGCCGCAGCUUGUCCCGGGGGCCUACUCCACCGCCGCGCCUGGGAGACGCCGGUGCGCUCUGCUGCACCCGCAUCCUCUUCGCCACCUACUGCUCCCGACCCCCGCCUAUGCAGAGGCACCGGGGAAAGUAAAAGGCGCGGACCUGGUGACCCCUGGCACCCUUUCGGCUCUGCAGCCCUCGCUAGGUCCCCAGCCUUGGGAGGAGGGCAAAUGUCCCGCGCCGCGACCAGAAGGUGGAUGCAUCUCUUUCAGCAUUGAGAGUAUUAUGCAAGGGGUCAGGGGAGGCGGUACAGGGGCUGCGCAGAGUUUGUCCCCGACCCCGUGGAGCUACUGCCACCUGCUGCAGCGCCCAUCAUGCCCAUUGCAUCCCCAGACCGCUGCCCCUUUGCUGCACGUUUCCGCCGCCGCCGCUGCUCGGACAGUUUUGCAGCAACAGCAGCAGCAUCAGGAGGAGGAAGUCUGCGCCGACGGCUGCGCUCCCACCAAGGGCGCGGUGCUGGGAGGGAACCUGUCGGCCGCCUCGGCGCUGCUUAGGUAUCAGGCAGUGGCAGAGGGCUCUAGGCUGACUUCGCUGGCUGUCCCUUUGGGCGGAGAAGGGACCUCACCGGCUUUUUGAGUAGCACCCACGCCCAGUUCCCUGGCCAACUCCGCAGGGCGUUCCAAGAGCUAGGUGGGAGGGCGGAGCGACCUGCAGCUGCUCACUCCACCUUGCGCGACCGAGAUUAGGCCUGUGCAUCUGAAUCGCGCUGCAGAGCAAACACAAACUUCUGUUUGCUGCAAAAUGGUUAGAAAGGAACAGCUGGAUUCCAUUCCUCUAAAGACCACCUGAACGUAAACUUCGGAGGGCGUCAAAUCAUCUUUUCUUGCCUUCAGCUGUGGUUUCCACAGCUUUCCCGAUUUGCACAUUUCCUGGGGAACUAUGAAAGUCAGUGGGGUAUUUUGUUCUGGUAUUAAAAGAAAAACAAGCAAGCAAACAAAAAACACAGUCUCCAACGCCAAACAUGUUCCCCCUUCUUCACUUCCUUGGAACUGGAAGUAUUAUUCCUAAGUGCAAAAUGCUUGUGCCCUCUGUGUCUUCCUGAUAGGGAUGUGUAAUGUAAGUGGGUUGUUAAUUUCAGAACAUUGAUAUCUGUGUGACUGACGUGCCAUCUUUCAUGUUAAAAUUAAGGUAUUAAAAUUAAGCCUAGUUAUAUAGACGAAAUAAAAUGCUAAGUCACUACACUA